AUGGGGCGGGGUGAUGGAAAGCGGGAGAAUGGGGCAGGCGGGAGAAUGGGGCUUUCCAUCACCCCGCACCAUUCUCCCGCUUUCCAUCACCCCGCCCCAUUCUCCCGCUUUCCAUCACCCCGCCCCAUUCUCCCACUUUCCAUCCCCCCGCCCCAUUCUCCCGCUUUCCAUCACCCCGCCCCAUUCUCCCGCUUUCCAUCACCCCGCCCCAUACUCCCUCCUUCCAUCACCCCGCCCCAUUCUCCCGCUUUCCAUCACCCCGCCCCAUUCUCCCUCCUUCCAUCACCCCGCCCCAUUCUCCCGCUUUCCAUCACCCCGCCCCAUUCUCCCGCAUUCAAUCACCCCGCCCCAUUCUCCCUCCUUCCAUCACCCCGCCCCAUUCUCCCUCCUUCCAUCACCCCGCCCCAUUCUUCUGCUUUCCUUCACCCGGCCCCAUUCUCCCGCUUUCCAUCACCCUGCCCCAUUCUCCUGCUUUCCAUCACCACGCCCCAUUCUCCCGCUUUCCAUCACCCCGCCCCAUUCUCCCGCUUUCCAUCACCCCGCCCCAUUCUCCCGCUUUCCAUCACCCUGCCCCAUUCUCCCGCUUUCCAUCACCCCGCCCCAUACUCCCUCCUUCCAUCACCCCGCCCCAUUCUCCCGCUUUCGAUCACCCCGCCCCAUUCUCCCUCCUUCCAUCACCCCGCCCCAUUCUCCCGCUUUCCAUCACCCCGCCCCAUUCUCCCGCUUUCCAUCACCCCGCCCCAUUCUCCCUCUUUCCAUCACCCCGCCCCAUUCUCCCGCUUUCCAUCACCCCGCCCCAUACUCCCUCCUUCCAUCACCCCGUCCCAUUCUCCCGCUUUCCAUCACCCCGCCCCAUUUUCCGCUUUCCAUCACCCCGCCCUAUUCUCCCGCUUUCCAUCACCCCGCCCCAUUCUCCCGCUUUCCAUCACCCCGCCCCAUUCUCCCGCUUUCCAUCACCCCGCCCCAUUCUCCCGCUUUCCAUCACCCCGCCCCAUUCUCCUGCUUUCUGUCACCCCCCCCCAUUCUCCCGCUCUCUGUCACUCCGCCCGAUUCUCCCUCCUUCCAUCACUCCGCCCCAUCCUCCCUCCUUCCAUCACCCCGCCCCAUCCUCCCUCCUUCCAUCACCCCGCCCCAUUCACCCGCUUUCCAUCACCCCGCCCCAUUCACCCGCUUUCCAUCACCCCGCCCCAUUCUCCCGCUUUCCAUAACCCCGCCCCAUUCUCCCGCUUUCCAUCACCCCGCCCCAUUCUCCCGCUUUCCAUCACCCCGCCCCAUUCUCCCGCUUUCAAUCACCCCGCCCCAUUCUCCCUCCUUCCAUCACCCCGCCCCAUUCUCCCGCUUUCCGUCGCCCCGCCCCAUUCUCCCGCUUUCAAUCACCCGGCCUCAUUCUCCCGCUUUCCAUCACCCGGCCUCAUUCUCCCGCUUUCCAUCACCCCGCCCCAUUCUCCCGGUUUCCAUCACCCCGCCCCAUUCUCCCGCAUUCAAUCACCCCGCCCCAUUCUCCUUCCUUCCAUCACCCCGCCCCAUUCUCCCUCCUUCCAUCACCCCGCCCCAUUCUCCCUCCUUCCAUCUCCCCGCCCCAUUCUCCUGCUUUCCUUCACCCCACCCUAUUCUCCUCCUUUCCAUCACCCCGCCCCAUUCUCCCUCUUUCCAUCACCCCGCCCCAUUCUCCCGCUUUCCAUCACCCCGCCCCAUUCUCCCUCCUUCCAUCACCCCGUCCCAUUCUCCCGCUUUCCAUCACCCCGCCCCAUUCUUCCGCUUUCCAUCACCCCGCCCCAUUCUCCCGCUUUCCAUCACCCCGCCCCAUUCUCCCACUUUCCAUCACCCCGCCCCAUUCUCCCGCUUUCCAUCACCCCGCCCCAUUCUCAUGCUUUCCAUCACCCCGCCCCAUUCUUCCGCUUUCCAUCACCCCGCCCCAUUCUCCCGCUUUCCAUCACCCCGCCCCAUUCUCCCUCCUUCCAUCACCCCGCCCCAUUCUCCCGCUUUCCAUCACCCCGCCCCAUUCUCCCGCUUUCCAUCACCCCGCCCCAUUCUCCCUCCUUCCAUCACCCCGCCCCAUUCUCCCGCUUUCCAUCACCCCGCCCCAUUCUCCUGCUUUCUAUCACCCCGCCCCAUUCUCCCUCCUUCCAUCACCCGGCCCCAUUCUCCCUCCUUCCAUCACCCCGCCCCAUUCUCCCGCUUUCCAUCACCCCGCCCCAUUCUCCCGCUUCCCAUCACCCCGCCCCUUCUCCUAUUACCAAGCCAGCAAGGGCGUGGGAGGGUUGCAAGCAUCAUCGGCCAUCGGCGCUCGCGAAUGAAUAG